GUACUAAGCAAUCUCCUCUCUGAAAAAGCUCAGAAGAACAAGAAACGAAGACAAAAAGCCUUAGAACACAGACCCGGAAAAACUCUCAGCCAUUUUCAACCUCGAAGUUGCGAGGACACUAAGCUGCUAAAUCACGAGCACUAUGGAGAAGGGGAAGCAAGUCAUGGGAAAUGGAGUUUCGGGUGAGAAGGCAGUGAAGAAGAAAAACCUGACCCCAUACCCUGUCGAACCUAAUAGUUCGGGUAAAGGUUUGCCUUAUGCUCCCGCAGAUUGGCCAAAUCCUGGCGAUACUUGGCGGUGGUGGGUCGGCAAGAGGACCACUUCGUCUGGUUUCUAUAAGGACAGGGUCGUACGUAUUCCGAAGCGUCUCCGUGCCUAUGGCGUUAAACGCACCUAUAGCAAGUCUUCGCUCGAACGCUACAUCUCUGUGCAGUUUCCGGACGCAGAUAUUGAUGAGUUCUUUGCUUCUUUUAGCUGGAUGAUUCCCUCUACGGAACAUCGCUGGAGCGAAGAUCUCUUAUCAAAGGUGCCACUGGUUGCAUCUAAGAGGAAUAAAGAAGCCCCCUGGAAUUCCAAGAUGAUGAAAAAAGCAAGACCAGCUACGUCACAAGCCUUUCCCAGGCGCAGUACCCGACAAUCUAAAAAAAUACCAGCUCAAAACAACACUAGAAGUGAAGAGUCUGUAAUUGACUUGUGUUACCUAACGGAUGAUAGUACAAGUGAUGGAAGUGGAUAUUCAAAAUGUGGCUCCGAGCCGCAGAUUGAUCUUGAGGACGUUGCUCCUGACCAAAGUAUUGGUUCUAGCUGCUACGCAUCCAAGGAUUUUGAGGCACAAGAUGUGCAAAAUGUCCAGGAACCCUAUGCUCAAUUUUGUGAAGAAGAUGUUGAUGACUUUCUAAAGUCUGUGGAACAUAUUCUUUCUCAGCACAAUGAUGAAGCUCAGGUGCGGACUCCUUCCACUUGUGUAGGUUCUGAUAUCGCAGAGGAAAUGUCUACUCACCGCAAGAAGCUUUCUUCCAUUCUUGCCCUGGAUUUCUCAUGCAUGCUGUCCUCAGAGUACCUAGAGCAGAUCACUUUUUUGGUAGAGAAGCUCAUGGCCGAUCCCAUCUUGACUGUCGAUCAACUGCUUAAGUUGAAGUUGGUCGAAGAAAUCCCCAAAGCAGGCAAGGUUUUUCAGCGCACUAAGGGACUUGCUGACCAGGCUUCCAAUUUUUUCGGAGAACUUCAGGCCAUGAAGGACAAGGUUUCUUCCAUCAAGAGAGAGUUCAGUGAGCUGAAGAAGGGAGCAGGAGAAUUGCAGUCUCAGAUAGAUUCCAAGUCAUCUCUUGUGCGAGAAAUAGACGAACAAAUUGUGCAGCUUCAAUCUAGGAAAGCUGAACUUACUCAUGACCUCAAGUCGACGAAUGAGGCGAAAGUGCAGGUGGUUGCUGAGCAGAAGAUCAUGGCGAACUCUAUAUCAGCUGUCAUGCGAGAGAUCCAGACUGCCAGUGCUGAAAUCCCAGUAUGGGAAAUGAAGAAGAAAAAUGCUGAAAAGCGAAUGGCUGAGAUCCUCGCCAGGUAUGCACCUCUCAAAGGUUUGUCCUUUGAGAAAUCCGGCUGAAAUUGAUCACUCGCACCACAGCCAAUGAUUUCAGCGUUAACCCUGCUUCGUAGCUUGUGUUUCAUUCCUUACUUUGGAACUUUCUCAGUGUUUUCUCGAAUUGAUGUGGAUAUAAAAGCUUAGUUCAGUCCGAUUAAUAGGGUCACCGGUUGUGUAAUCUGAAUUGCUAGUAUUAAUGGAAAGAGCUACUAGUUAAAAC